GUUAUUAUUGUUAAUGAUAUUAUUUUUUUUUGUAUUGUUUCCUGUGUCGAUUAUACUAGACUACAAUUCCCAGCAUGCUCAGUUUUUGACGUGAUUUUUUUUUUUCAACGAAGCGACGCUGUUUGACUGUCAACGGAAGAAUAUGUCAAAACUUGGCUAGGCAAAGGUCGGCCUGCAGCUACCGACACCAACAGCAAGGCCCGAAACCCUGAUCCACAAGCAGAAGAUAUGAAGCAUAUAUGGAAACUACUGUAAAUUAAGGUCUGGUCUGGAUGAGAGCAGGCUGUCAGAGAUGCCCCUGGAAGUGAGAUGGCCUUUCCCACAGCGCCCCGGUCUGCCCCUGAGGAUCACCAGCACCGUGAUCACGGGCCUGGUGGGCUCCUACAGCCGCUUCUGGACCAAAUACAUGAACUAUCUUACUGUCUACAACCAGGACGUCCUGUAUGAGCUGAUUGAGAAGCGUCCCGAGGGCACCCCACUCAUCACCCUGUGUAACCACCAGUCCUGCAUGGACGAACCACUCCUCUGGGGUGUCUUGAAGCUGAGGCAUCUUUGGAACUUCAAUAAAAUGAGAUGGGCGCUGGCAGCAGCCGAUAUCUGUUUCACAAAUGAGGCCCAUUCGAGGUUUUUCAGCAUGGGGAAAUGUGUACCUAUCUGCAGAGGUGACGGUGUUUAUCAGAAGGGCAUGGAUUUCAUUUUGGAGAAGCUCAACAGAGGUGAAUGGGUGCAUAUUUUCCCAGAAGGAAAGGUGAACAUGACUGAGGAGUUUAUCAGACUGAAAUGGGGCAUUGGACGUCUCAUAGCAGAGUGUAAUUUAAAUCCAGUAAUCCUGCCCCUUUGGCAUGUCGGCAUGAACGACGUCCUUCCUAACGAGCCUCCGUACAUUCCACGAUACGGACAGAGAAUAACCAUUUUGGUUGGAAGACCAUUCACUUUAAAGCAUCUUGUGGAAUCACUGAAGUCUGAGAAUAAAACUCCAACGGAGAUGCGGAAGGCAGUGACGGAUUUUGUUCAAGAGGAGUUCCGCAGUCUGAAAACUCAAGCGGAGGCCCUUCACCAGCGCCUCCAGAUCACUGGCCAAUAGCAGGACCCAGGCCUGUGUGUGAGUGAGUGAGCGAGUGUGAGUAGAAGUCUGCCUGGCAUCAGUGACAACACUUCUGGGAAAAAAAGGAAGCACUCUAAAUCUUUAAAGUAAUUGUAGCUCUCAAAAUAAUUCUGUAAAUCUCACCCAUUAUGCACAUUCAUUAGCUACAUAGGCCUUGUAUUUUGAAGAAGUACAUUCAUUUUAUAACAGAAAGCUGGCACAGCACCAAAUUAGCUUGUCUUGUCUUCCAAGAAGUCUAUUACUGCUUUACUUCCUUGGUCAUUUCAGCCCAGCUCACAGCAUGUUACUGACUGAAAGGGAAAGCAACAUAUUGUUUAUUGACAGGAAAGAAGUCAGUGAAAGGGGGGGGGACAACAAAUUCACCCUCCAGGUGACCCAGGAAGUGUAAGACAGUCUAAAAGCAUGGCUUGCAAACAGAUUUCUAUAACUUUUGGUGAAUACCAGAUAUCGGGUUAAAAAUAAAAAUACAUGGUUGCUAAAAUGUGUUUCUUAUGUGUUUACAGAACUGUACCUUCAUGACCUGUAUAAUGAAUGGCUGUGCAUGGUGGAGAACAUUCAUGGGAUAUUUUGUUAGUUGAAAUCACUUUUUAAAUUAGUAUUAUUGUCACCCGGUUGCGUAUGCUGCACUUUUUCAUAUAUCUGCAGACCCGCUCGUCCAAUCAUGAUGAAACUUCCUAAGGACCUUCUGUGGAGGCUGUCUGUCUGCCACACUUACAUUUUUACAAAUAUCUAAUUAAUGUAAAUGUAAACAGGGCAUUCUUUAGCACAAGUUUAUAGAGUACACAUUUCCGACUGGCAGUGCAUCAUUCUGUCACGUUUUUACCUGUAGAUGGUUUUAUUCAGCUGUGAUGAUAGAACACUCUGAGCUCAAGUUAUUGAGGGUUGUGGAAUCUGGGGUGAUGUAGAGGCAGGUAGAUUCCUGGGAUGUACUUCUUCAUGCUAGUGAUAGCUGUAGCUCUAUUGUGAUGCUGGGGCUGUGUGCAGUGACUGGGAUAUAAUGAAGCUUGGGAUAGACAAAAGCACCAGUGCUUGAACAGUAACAGUUAUAGAAACCAAAUUCAUUUGAGCUUGUUAAAAGUAUUAUUGUGUUGUUUUCCGUUUUUAUGAGUGAAUAAAACUUGGCCCAGGCAUCACAUAGCCUGCCUCAGUCAGUCACCUGGACCGUGCCGUCACAGCUAUAUUCUCCGAUUGGUCUAGAUCAGUGGUUCUCAAUCUUUUUGGGCCGCACCCCCCUUCCUCUUGUCUGUGGUAGUUGAUGCCCCCCCCCCACAACACACACACACACACACACACACACACGCACACAUGUACAUACUGUAAAAGUUAAAUUAAAAGCCUCUGGCGUUUAUUUACAGUAUUUGCCAGCAGACCUAGCGGGUAUUGAAGACCAGGGAUUAUAUUAGAUCUCACAUGCUUCAUGCGGUCUUUGAGAAGCCGCUAACACACAACCUUGUAGCAACAUUGUAACUCAAUUUAAACAUUCCAGCAACUUUUGUUAAAAGGUUGUGUGUCAGUGGGAACUAAGUAACAGUUUUGUUCUAUAACAAAAUUACAUUGUAUUGUACACCCUCAAGUAUAAAACGAAAGUAUUAUUAGUCUUUUUAUAUGCACUGGUUAGUAAGGAUACAGUAUGCAGAACAUUGGAAAAUGAACAAUCAGAACUACAAAUGUGUAUUUAAAAACACCCAUUUUAAUACAUCCCUCCAAUGUGUGCGGUUCUUCUUUAAAUAAGACAUGAAUCCAGUAUUGAACGUAACUUGUAUUUAAUAUCAAGUAUUCAAGAACACAUCUGAUGAACUCUGUUGCAGCUCUCAACUCCCUAUUACUGGAGGCGCACACACACACAUCACGCAGCUGCUGAAUGCAAACAUACCCCCGUUUGCAGCAGCACAUCACAUCACACUUUUCAUGGAGUAAAGUUAUGCAGUAAACCUGUAAUAUAUACUAACGGCAAACUGUUGUAGACUUUUGUGCUUUGUUGCUUUGUCUGUGAAACGUGUUCUAGAGAUCAUACUGAGAUUUAAAAAAAAAAAAAAAAAAAAGUUGCUGCGCAGAAAUAUAUUUUUUGUAACUUUACAACUUUCAGAUGUGCAAGACGUUGUUGAACAAUAUGCUUUAGUAAAUGACAUUUUACGUUAUUGUAAUGUGCCAAUACAUGUUGAACCAUUUGGGAACUGCUGUGUUUUAUUAAAAUAAUUUUUAAACUAUUCCGUAGCCUAUUUGAUAGGUGUUACACACACGGUGCAUUUAUAUCAACGUGGGUUUUAUUUCGCAGGGAGAUUCAGGUCACUCACUGUCAUUUUUUCCUCAUAGCUCUCAGAUCAGUUGACACGGGUUGAAACGUCAUUAAAGAAAAUAGUGGGUUAGGCAAAGAUGCAGCUCUCCUUUCUCGUAAAGGUAAAGUAAACGGAUAAUGACACCGACCUCUGAUCCAGUAGAGCUGCCACAUUGAAAUGGCUUUUCAGGAUUCCUGAUGGAGUUGACACACUUUGAGAUUAUGUCUUCACAUCGAUUCUCUUCAUUUGCUGAUAACUAAAAAAUAAAGCAACUGAACUCUACAACCACUGCUUUCAUAUUCAUUUUACUUCAUGUUUACAAGCCAUUCCUUCUGAGGUGCUUUUCCUUUUAAGAGUUUGAAAAGUUUUGAAAAGUUUUUUAAAAAGUUUGAGUGAGAGGCCAUUCAGUCCAUCUCUGCUCGUCCAAUUCCUAUACAUGUUUCUGUAAUUUUUUCAAGUAACAAAAUGACAUUGGACUAGCAGUUUCCAAGAUGUAGCCAAGUAGGUAACAAUGGCCUUGUGCAAAGGAAUGUCCAUACCAAGUUUUAUUACAGUUAAAUGAAAGGUAGACAUAAUGUACGUGAAUAUGUAAGUGUGGUUACAGACAUAUGAAAGAUCUAGUGUUGCAGACCUUUCUUAUUCAAUGCUGCUAAGUUACGAACUGUAUUCAGCAACAUUUACUAACUGGUUUCCAAACAUGCUAAUUAUAGAGUCCUGACUCAUCUUUGCAGUAAGUUGCAAACUGAAGGACAGGGGUUUAUAAGAUGGGAAUUAUUGCAGCCAGAAAUGAAAUCUGUACAGUACUAUGCAGCUGUUUCACCUUGUAUAGAACUGCAGUGUAUAUUAGCAGAACUUGUCGACUGCCACAUUCUUUGUUUCAUGUGAAUCCUGUGUAACCUCAGAUUUGAUAAAGAAUUAGACAAGCUAUUGCUGCAAAUAUACCCUUUGGUAGUAGUGUUUAAUAUAUAUAUAUA